UCCACCCACCCACCACCACCACCACCAGUAGACAGCAGCUGCGGCGACGGCGACUUUGCUCUCCGACCCGGCGGCGCGCGCCACCACCAUGAAGAACUUCUUCAGGAAGCUCGGGUCCGGCGACGGCGCGUCCUCCUCGCCUGCCCCUCCGCCCUCCCGCAAAGCCACCACCACCGGCGGAAACGCGGUCCACCAUCCCAUCCCCGAGCAGCAGAGGCAGCAGCAGCCGCCCUCGGUCGUCUCCAGCUGGCUCGACUCCGUCCCGACCCGGCCCCCGCCACCGACGCCCCCGGUCCCCGCCGAGUCGGCGUCCGCGUCCGCGUCCCCGCCCGGGGACGAGAGGCGCCAAUCGGGCGAGCGGCGGCGGCCGCAACGGCAGCCGCAGCAGCAGCAGGAGGAGGAGGGAAUGGAGCGGCGGCAGCCGCAGGUGCAGGAGGCCGAGGCGGAGCGGGAGCGGCGGCGGUCGCGGGAGGAGGACGCGGUGGAGGAGCGGGUCAUCCGGGAGUCGUCCGAGGCGGAGGAGCGCAAGCGGGAGCGGGAGAAGGAGGAGGACGACCUCGAGGAGUUCCAGCUGCAGCUCGUGCUCGAGAUGAGCGCCAGGGACAACCCCGAGGAGAUGGAGAUCGAGGUAGCAAAGCAGAUGAGCCUCGGGUUCUGCAGGCCCUCCAGCUCACCCGCAGAGGUCCUCGCAGCAAGAUACUGGAAUUUCAACGCACUCGGUUAUGAUGACAUAAUAUCAGACGGCUUUUAUGAUCUUUACAUCACCGGGAACGGGCCAUCAUCAAUAAACAUGCCCUCUCUCAGUGAUCUGCGAGCGCAGCCACUUUCGCAUAAUAGUGUCAACUGGGAGGCUGUAUUGGUCCACAGAGGUGAAGACCCCGAGUUUAUGAAACUUGAGCAGAAGGCCUUAAUCAUUGCUCUUGAACUUCGGCAGAGAACUCCAGAACAUGUCGGCACUGUUUUGAUUCAUGAGCUUGCUAAUCUGGUUGCUAAACACAUGGGUGGAAUAAUAUUUGAUCCUGAGAACAUGUCAGUGAAGUACCAAAACAUGAUCAGAUCCCUGAGAACACAUACCGAGAGUGUAGUUGUGCCUCUUGGCCAAUUAAAAACUGGACUAGCUCGUCAUCGUGCUCUGCUAUUUAAGGUUUUGGCUGAUAGCCUUGAUGUCCCUUGUCGACUCCUAAAAGGAAGACAGUACACUGGAUCAGAUGAUGGAGCUUUGAACAUUGUGAAAUUUGAUGAUGGAAGGGAGUUCAUAGUUGAUCUCGUGACAGAUCCUGGCACAAUUAUUCCUUCAGAUGGUGCUGUUUUAUCUACAGAAUUUGAAGACAGUUCCUUCUCAGAUAAUCAUCAGUUAAGCAAAGCUGAUGCGACCAAUCAGUUGGGAUCUUCUCUUAGUGGAGUUUCAAAUUCUGCAUGUGAUUCUUUUGAGUACGAGUUACUAGACAGAAGAUCAGCAUCUAGCAAUGUAGGUCCUUCUGAUACCGAUGGAGCUGCAACUAGCCAGACAAGCAAUCAACAAAAUACACUAUCAAGUUCGUUUGAAGUUUUAUCGGUUAACACGUACCCUAGCAAUCAACAAAGCCACAACGAAUAUAGAAGCACAGAUGAAGUUGUAGCUUCAAAGAACAAAGAAAAAUCAAUUGGAGCAAAUAAUUCUUUGUCAAGUUCACCUUCAUCCCCAGAAGUAGGCAGCAGUGCAGGUUUCCGGAGGAUGAAAGUAAAGGAUAUCUCAGAGUAUAUGAUUAAUGCUGCCAAAGAAAAUCCACAAUUAGCACAGAAGAUCCAUGAGGUUUUACUUGAAAAUGGAGUAGUGGCACCACCGGACUUGUUUUCAGAAGAUUCAAUGGAAGAGCCAAAGGACCUCAUUGUGUGUGACACCACCCUGUUUCAAAGCAAGGAUGAAAUGAAAAGAAGGAUGAACGAGGUUGGGUCAAGGGAAUAUGCUGAUCGUGGUCAUGGUCCAUUACCGGCUCAUCACCUUGGACAUGAACUCCAAUCAAAAAUUGUGCCUAACCGGGCACCUUUAGACUCACUUAAGCCUAUCGAAGGUUUAGGCAUAUACCCACCCCUGGAUAUCCGUGGUAGCCCAUCUCCUUAUUUUUCAAAUUAUGAACCGUCGGCACCUCCCCAGGAAACUUCUUCACAGAUCUCAAAGCAACUGCCUGUUACGGCUGCUGCUGUUGCAACUGCUGCAGUGGUAGCAUCUUCGAUGGUUGUUGCGGCCGCAAAAUCUAACAGCGAUAUGAAAUUUGAUGUGCCUGUUGCAGCCGCAGCUACUGUCACUGCAGCUGCAGUUGUUGCAACAACGGCUGCUGUUAGCAAGCAAUAUGAACACCUGGACCCUGGCAAUAAGCUAUUUGGUUCACCAGGUACGUCUGAAAGAAAUGAAUCAAUUGAGAAAGCUGCAGAUAACUUUUGGGACAAACAGCACGAUGAAAUCGGUCAUGGUCAAGAUAACCCUCUAGAUCAAGAGAAGGAUUCAUCUGAAGUUCCUCGGGAAGCCGAAAGAACCUCAGACAAAUCAAGCGGCACAGAAAGUGCAAAAUCUGAAAGUGCCUUGGACCAGGUUUCAGAUUUUGAAAUGCAGUUGGAAGAAAUUGCAAUUGGUGAACGUAUUGGCCUUGGAUCAUUUGGAGAAGUUUAUAGAGGAGAAUGGCAUGGAACAGAAGUUGCUGUCAAGAAGUUUUUACAACAAGAUAUUUCAAGCGAUGCUCUGGAAGAAUUUAGAGCUGAGGUGCGAAUAAUGUUGCGGUUGCGUCAUCCAAAUGUCGUUCUCUUCAUGGGCGCCAUCACUCGGGUGCCUAAUCUUUCCAUUGUCACCGAAUUUCUUCCAAGAGGUAGUUUGUUCCGGUUGAUUCAUCGACCUAACAACCAGUUGGAUGAAAAGAGGCGAUUAAGAAUGGCACUUGAUGUGGCGCGUGGUAUGAAUUAUCUGCAUAAUUGCUCACCAGUUGUAGUCCAUAGAGACCUGAAAUCCCCAAAUCUACUGGUUGACAAGAAUUGGGUUGUGAAGGUUUGUGAUUUUGGUCUAUCGAGAAUGAAGAACAAUACCUUCCUGUCAUCAAGAUCAACAGCUGGAACAGCGGAGUGGAUGGCACCGGAAGUACUACGCAAUGAACCAUCAGAUGAGAAAUGCGAUGUUUUUAGUUACGGUGUCAUACUGUGGGAACUUUGUACGUUACAACAGCCUUGGGAAGGUAUGAACGCCAUGCAAGUUGUUGGAGCAGUUGGGUUUCAGAGUCGUCGCCUUGAUAUUCCAGAUAAUGUUGACCCCGCCGUAGCAGAGAUCAUAACAAGAUGCUGGCAGACGGACCCAAGGGCACGACCAUCAUUUGCAGAGAUCAUGGCUGCAUUAAAACCAUUACUGAAGACCAUGCCUGCCAACCAAGCACCAAGGCAGAGAGUACAGCAAACAGAUGGGUAAGAAAGAAAUAUGAGGAAAGGCAACUGCCCAACGUCCGUAAUACAGGAUUGUUUUUUGUACAGUUACACCAAAUGUGUGUGCAGAGUAAAGAAAGAGCGUGAUGUUGGUGCUUCCCCUGUAUAGAUGUAAGAUCCAAGAGUGGCAUGAGCCAUAUUAAGCCCCGCUUGUCAUCGACCCAUUUGUGAUGAAGGGCGCUGUGAGACCAUGUAACAGUUGAACAAGGAACUGACAUGGUGGGCGGAACAGGGGCUUUGUUCAUACCGUCUCUCUCUUCAUUUUCUUCUCCAGUUCACCUGUUAUCCACCAAACGGUGGGUAUUUAUGUGCAUGUGUCAACAAAUGUAAUGUACUGCUGUCAAUCAGAACAAAGGAUGAAGAGAAAACCGAUUCAGCUUGUGAUC